CUUCAGAUGUCCAUCUAAGAUCAAUGGAACCUUCUAAUCCUGAGGAACCUUCUAAUAAAUCCCAUACUAUGACUUCAGAUGUCCAUCUAAAAUCAAUGGAUCUUUCUAAUCCUGAGGGAUCUUGUGAUAAAUCCCAUACUAUGACAUCAGAUGUCCAUCUAAGAUCAACAGAUCCUUCUAAUCCUGAGGAACCUUCUAAUGAAUCCCAUACUAUGACUUCAGAUGUCCAUCUAAGAUCAAUGGGUCCUUCUAAUCCUGAGGGAUCUUGUGAUAAAUCCCAUACUAUGACAUCACAUGUCCACCUGAGAUCAAUGGGUCCUUCUAAUCCUGAGGGAUCUUCUGAUAAAUCCCAUACUGUUACUCCAGAAAUCCCUCAGAGAUCUCACAGUGCAGAUAGAUCAGCAGAUCCAUCAAAUCCUAAGAAACCAUCUUUGAGCCAUGAAGACGUUGACACAGAAGAAAGUUCAAUGUCAUGUUCGACGUGUGGGAAAUCUUUCACUGACAAAAAAGCGUUUCUUAAACAUGAGAAAUAUCACAAGAGUGAGCGUUCUUUUUCCUGUUCAGAGUGCGGGAAAUCUUUCGUUCAGAAAGGACACUUUAUAAACCACCAGAGAAUUCACACGGGCGAGCGUCCUUUCUCAUGUUCAAAAUGUGGCAAAACCUACAUUCAGAAAGUCGACCUCCAGAGACACCAGAUAACACACACGGGCGAGCAUCCCUAUUCAUGUUCAGAGUGCGGAAAAGGCUUCUCUAAGAAAGGAAAACUUCUUGAACACCAGAGAGUUCACACAGGUGAACGUCCUUUCUCAUGUUCAGAGUGUGGGAAAUGUUUCUCUUUGAAAGGAUCGCUUGUGGCACACCAGAGAGUCCACACGGGUGAGCGUCCCUUUUCAUGCUCAGUAUGCGGGAAAGGCUUCACUCAGACGGGAGCGCUACGCUUACACAAGACAAUUCACACGGGUGAACGUCCGUUUUCGUGUUCAGAGUGCGGGAAAUGUUUCAGUCAGAAAGGACACUUUCUUGCACACCAGAGAGUUCAUCUGGGUGUGCGUCCUUUCUCCUGUUUGGAGUGCGGAAAAUGUUUUGCUGAUAAAAGAAGACUUUAUUUACACCAGAAAAAACACACCGGCGAGCGUCCUUUUCCAUGUGUAGAGUGUGGGAAAUCAUUCAUUCACAAAGCAGACCUUCUGAGACACCAGAAGUGUCACGUGGGGGAACGCGCCUUUUCCUGCUCUGAGUGCGGGAAAUGUUUUCUUCACAAUAGCGUACUUAUUGCACACCAAAGAAUUCACACAGGCGAAUAUCGUUUUUCAUGUUCGGAGUGCGGGAAAGGCUUCCCUGGGAAAGUGAGCCUUCUUAAACACCAGAGAACUCACACGGGUGAGCGCCCUUAUUUAUGUUCAGAGUGCGGGAAAAGUUUUACUGAGAAAAAAAAACUUAGCACGCACCAGAAGAUUCAUGCAGAGGAGCGUCCUUUUUUAUGUUCAGAGUGCGGGAAAAGUUUCAUUCAGAAAAGCAGCCUCCUUAUACACCAGAGGAGUCACACGGGCGAGCGUCCUUUUUCAUGUUCGGAGUGCGGAAAAUGCUUUGCCGAGAAGGCAAUACUUCGUACUCACCAGAGAAUUCAUACAGGCGAGCGUCCCUACUCAUGUUCAGAGUGCGGGAAAGGUUUCACUGGGAAGAAAGCGCUUCAUGUACAUCAGAGAAACCAUAUGAGCGAGCGCCCUUUCAAAUGUAUAGAGUGUGGGAAAGGUUUCAUUCUUAAAGCAGCCCUCGCCCAGCACCAGAUAGUCCACACGGGCGAGCGCCCUUUCCCUUGCUUGAAGUGCGGGAAAUGUUUUACUCAGAAGGGGAACCUCAACAUACACCUGAAACGGCACACUGGAGAGUUCCCUUUUCCGUGCCCAAAGUGCAGGAAACGUUUCGGUGAGAAGGAAGAACUUCGUGCGCACCAGAAAAGUCACACCAAAGUGCGGUAGACGUGGGCGGAGCCAAUUCGUUUGGUUUAUUCGAAUUUGAAUUGAUUUGAAUUUUUCGAAUUAGAAUUCGGAUUUUGGAAGAUGGUUCUAUCGUUAUAUUCUUUCUAUAUUAUUAUAAUUAUAUAUAUAAGAAAAAGGGGCCAAGGGGGUACCACAUCUAUAUAGACUAUUAACAAAAAUUGUAGGACUUAGGAGCGGACUUUAUAGGCACCAGAAAAGGAAAACAAAUAUAAUAGAAAAAAAUAUAUCAAUUUGAAUGUAUAAAAUUAUAAAAUUAGACAAUGGAACAUUUAAAAAACAAAAUAUUAGACUCUCAGUAGAAGAGCCACACAUGGUAUGUGCGAAUCCCUGUUAGUGCUUGGUAGGGCUGGGGGGAAAAUCGUUUUGAAUCUUGAAUCGAGUUGCGAGGGCCACUCGCGGCCUUUUCCCAGGAUGGCGGCGAGCUGCGGCAGGAU